GCCAGUCAGUGUGGAGCCACACGGGGUCUCAGACGCAGAGAAAAGCAUCCGGAUCAUUUACCGCCGGGGAGGAAACAAAUCGGACCUUUUCUGUUGAUUUUGUUGUGUUUUGAUCUCGCGGAGAAGCGGAGAGAAGGUUUCUAAGCGAUCCGCGUGGACUUGGAUGAGAAAGUCGAAGAAGUCCCUCUCACGGAGAGACCAGCGCAAUAUGAUUUAAAUCCAGGGAACCAACAGCACUGUUGCACGCAAACAGGAUGAGUCUCGGCCCGCUCCACGCCGCCAUGCUGCUGUGGUCCUUGUGCCCCGCCACUCGGGGCCAGUGUGACGAAUCCUCCCGCGGCGCCGCACUCGACCUCUCCGUCUCCUACGAGCUCCCGACGUUCACCGCGGACUUCCCCAUCCAGAACAUGGUGCUGCAGGGCGGGCUCGUCUACGUCGGGGCCGUGAACAGAAUCUACGCCCUGGCCCCCAACCUCACCAGGCUGUCGGAGUACCGCACGGGGCCCCUGCUCGCCAACGAGACCUGCGGCCAGAAACCGACCGCCGCAAUUCCCGGCGGCGGCAGGGUGGACAACCGGAACAUCGCUUUGGUGGUGGAGAACCUUUACGACCACGGCCUGUUCAGCUGCGGCUCCGCCGACAACGGGGUCUGCCGCCGCCACGUCCUGAAGGACGGCGACAGCCUCAAGACCGUGGACGAUCAGGUGUCCUGCUUCGGCGACAAGGCGAGGCCGCCGCGCAAGGGUCAGCCCGGCGACUCGGACGUGGUCGUCGGCCCUUCGGGCUCCCGGGUGCUCAACGUGGAGAGCAACAUCAGCAAGUUUUUCGCGGGCAACUCGGAGAUACCGGGCGGCGGGAACGUCUCGGGCCACGCCGCGCGCCCCCACACCUUGGCCCUGCGCAAGAUGAAGACCAGCCUGAACGGCUUCGUCUUCUUCUCCGCCCGCUCCCACAUGGACCUGAUCCCGUCUCUCCGUGGAAGCUACUACCUGCGCUACGUCUACUCCUUCCAAAGUGGGCCGUUCACCUACUUCCUCACGGUGCAGCGGGUGAGCAGGGACUCGCCGGCCUACCACACCCGCAUCGCCCGCAUGUGCUCCGGGGACUUGGAGAUCCGCCGCUACGUGGAGAUGCCUCUCGAGUGCAUCAGCACCGACAAAAGGCGGCGGCGGCGCUCCGAGGAGCCCAUGAAAGUGUUCAACGUCCUGCAGGCGGCGCACGUCGGCACGGUGGGCAACGACGUGGAGCUCCAGAAGAAGCUGGCGGUGGAGGAAGGCGGCGACGUGCUGUUCGCCGCCUUCGCCCGGGGGAAGCCCAACUCGCCGGAGCCGACCCCCAACUCGGCCGUCUGCGUCAUGUCCGUGAGCCACAUCAACAAGAUGUUCAAGCUGUACAUGCAGGGGUGCAACACGGUGGACCCGUAUCACUUCACGGGGUCGGACAGGAAGUCCUGCUACAACGUGAGUUCAUUGGACGACUGCGGCCCGCACGAGGAGGGCGAGUACCGCCUGCAGGUGACCCAGUUCUUCCAGAGGCUUGUGUACUGGAACAAGGAGCUGAGCGGCACCUUGGUGACGUCCAUCACCGUGGUGCCGGUGCGGGGGCGGGCCGUGGCCUACCUGGGCACCGCCGACGGACGCCACUUACAGGUGCUCUUCUCCCGGUCGGCCUCUCCGCAUGUCAACAUCCGGCUGGACUCGAGACCCGUCUCCGCCGCCAUGGCGCUGCCGGAGGCCGACGGCUCGGGCGGCGCCCUGCUGAUGGCGACCGGGAACAAGAUCACCAGCGUGCCUCUGAUUGGCCCCGGCUGUGGUCAGCUGACCACCUGCACUUCCUGCUUGCUGUCGUCGCGGGUCACCGAAUGCGGCUGGUGUGACGGACGCUGCAGCAGAGCCGACCGGUGCCCCCCCCCCUCCGUCUGGACCCAGGACUACUGCACACCUGUCAUCACCAAGGUGUCCCCGAGCUCCGGGCCCAUUCGCGGCUCCACGGCGGUCACCGUGUGCGGCGCCGGCUUCGGCUUCGACAAGACGGAGAACUUCAGGCCCUCCAUGGUGACGGUGGAGGUGGGCGGAGCUCCCUGCAGGCUGCCCCGACAGGACAACACCAACAGGGGGGGUUUUGUGUCUAGGUGGACUGUGAUGCUGUGUUCCCCGGUGUUCAGCGGGAACUUCACCCCGUCAGGAGACAGCGUGAAGGUCACCAGCGGCCACAAGGUCGCCACGGCGACGGGCUUCACCUUCGUGGACCCCGUGAUCCACGAGAUCUUCCCGACAUUCGGGCCGAAGGCGGGGGGCACCAUGCUGACCAUCAGGGGGGCCUUCCUGGACACGGGGAGCAAGCGGGAGGUGACCAUCGGGAGAGCGGCCUGUAAGAUCCAGAGCCUGUCGUCCACCAUGCUGACCUGCAAGACGCCUUCCCACGCCGACCAAUCCAAGCAGAGCGUGAAGCUGACGGUGGAUUCGGUGGAGCGUCUGGCGCCGGCGCCGUUCACCUUCCACCCGGACCCCAUCGUCACGAGCAUCCAGCCCUCGCGCUCCUUCGUCAGCGGAGGAUGCACGGUGUCAGCUCACGGGCUCUUCCUCCAGUCCGGCCUCCAGCCCCAGAUGGUCCUCACCACGGGUCAUGAUGCCGAGGUCUUCCAUGUGAGCUGCGUGUACGGGGAGAACCGGACGUCCAUCCAGUGCACCACGCCCUCUCUGGCCAAACUGGCUCUGCAGCCCCCCGUGGUCACCAAGGUGGCGUUUGUGCUGGACGGCUACUACACCGCUCAGUGGGAUCUGAUCUACGUGGAGGACCCCCUCUUUCAGGACCCCAAGCUCACCUCCAAGGACAACAAGAGCAUCGUGGAGCUCAAGGGUCACCACAUGGACAGGGAGGCGAUGAAGUGUCAGGUCCUGACGGUCUCCAACCACAGCUGUGAGAGUCUGACUCUGAUUGGGAACACGCUGGAGUGCACCGUCCCCACCGAGCUGCAGGCCGACACCUCCAAGGAGCUGCAGGUGCAGUGGCACCAGGCGGACACCAUCAUUCACCUGGGCAAGGUGACGCUGGCUCAGGAGCCGGACUACACGGGCCUGGUGGUGGGCUGCGUGUGCGUCAGCCUGCUGAUGCUGCUGCUGGGGUCGCUGCUCAUGUGGAGGAGGAACAAGCACAUCGACGAUGCGUCCGAGGUGUGGUACGACGGCCGCGGCCACAUCCAGCACCUGGACCGGCUGGCCAACGCCAGGAGCGUCAGCCCCACCAACGAAAUGGUCUCCCACGAGUCCGUCGACUAUCGGACCACCCUGAUGGAGGAUCCGGGCGGCGAGCGGCCCGAGACGUGCCGGGGGGCUCCUCCCGUUUACGGGGGCAACGGCGAGCUGCUGUCCCCCAGACUGCGGAGGAUGGGGGGCGGGCUGAGCCUGGGGAUGGAGGGCGAGCUGGUGUCCCCCCUGCUGAUGGCCCCGGUCCACAUUGACCCGUCCUGCCUCCACCCGGACCUGCUGACCGAGGUGCAGCACGUGGUCAUCGCCAGGGAGCAGCUGCUGCUCCACCUGAACCAGGUCAUCGGCAGAGGUCACUUCGGUUGUGUUUUCCACGGGACGCUGCUGGAGCCGGACGGGCAGAAGCAGCACUGCGCCAUCAAGUCUCUGAACCGCAUCACAGAUUUGGAAGAAGUAUCCCAGUUCCUGAAGGAGGGGAUCAUCAUGAAGGACUUCAGCCACCCGAACGUUCUCUCUCUUCUGGGAAUCUGCCUGCCGCCUUCGGGCUCUCCGCUGGUGGUUCUGCCCUACAUGAAGCACGGCGACCUGCGCAACUUCAUCCGCGAUGAAGGACACAACCCAACAGUUAAGGACCUGAUGGGCUUCGGGCUGCAGGUGGCCAGAGGGAUGGAGUAUCUGGCCAGCAAGAAGUUUGUCCACCGAGACCUAGCAGCCAGGAACUGCAUGCUGGACGAGAGCUACACGGUGAAGGUGGCGGACUUCGGCCUGGCGAGAGACGUCUACGAUAAAGAGUACUACAGCGUCCACAACAAGAGCGGAGUCAAGCUGCCAGUCAAGUGGAUGGCUCUGGAGAGUCUGCAGACACACAAGUUCACCCCCAAGUCGGACGUGUGGUCGUUUGGCGUGUUGCUGUGGGAACUGAUGACCCGCGGAGCUCCCCCGUAUUCGGAUGUGAACUCCUUCGACAUCACCGUGUUCCUGAUGCAGGGGAGGAGGCUGCUGCAGCCCGAGUUCUGCCCCGACGCACUCUACACCUUGAUGAUCGAAUGCUGGCACCCGAAGCCGGAGCGACGACCUUCCUUCUCCGAUCUGGUGUCGAGCAUCUCCGCCAUCUUCUCCAGCUUCAGCGGGGAGCACUACGUCCUGCUCAACACCACCUACGUCAACAUCGAGAAGAUGAGCCCUUACUCGUCUCUCCUCACCUCCUCCGCCUCGCCCUCCGCCAGCAGCAGCACCGCUUCCUACUCCUCCUCCGACCCCUCCACCUCCCUGCCGACCCAGUCCCCCUUCUUUGGCCACGCGGAGCGAGAGUGCUGCACCUGAGAGGGGGGGGAAAAGGUGGAGGUCAGAGGUCGGAAGGUGGAAACACACAGACAGAGGCAGAGAAGACGGCGGCGGCGAGGCGAUGAGGAAGCCGCUGUAUGGACACCGCACGCUGAGGACCUUUUGACCUUUCACUCAAUGACCUUUUGGCCUGCCGCCUGCCCCUCCCACGCGGCGCAGGUAAGCGCCCCCUGGAAGGUUCCCCGGCGGACAGAAGCACAAGUCACAGAGAAACUCCUCCACGGUGCUGGGCCCCUGUGCGGGCGGCACCGAGCCCAUGAGGCCCGCGGACCUUUUCCCUUUUGGUAACGUGAACGUUUGACAGACGGCCGUGUGUUGUGUCACAUGCCGCGUUGAGAGGUGAGUGACACAGGGGAGACGUGGAGGCAACAAGGCGGGGGGGUUGGGGAGGGGCGUGAAGAAAAAAAAAAACUGCUGCAUGCGUGCAGUUCACUGGAUGCUUUGUUGUGUAAUUAGCUUUUGAUGAGCAUGAGGGGCAAAACGAACCCACCCCCCCCCCCCACAUGUGAGGAGUUUUAGAAAGCUUUUAUUUUCCUUUUUUAUUUUUUUUUAAAUCGGAAAACGUCCCAUCAUUUUCAAACAGCGACAACACGCACACAUAAAACAACUUUUAGCUUUGGAGGAAACUACUUUUAAUUUUCUGACACGAGGGUUUUCAACUCUAAAAGGAACAAAACCGCGUGUUUUAUGACGCUGAAAUAUGUCAACAGGCCUUACAACAAAGGGUUUGAACAUUCUUUGAUUUUGUAAACUUGUGUAAAAGCUGCACUUUUCCUGACCUUUUUUUUAAUAAGCAUGCUGUACAGGUUUUACUCCCUUUCAUGCAGCCACUUAGUUCCAUUCACUUCUGUCCAUGUUCCAACUUCCCUCUGAUUAGCAGAGAGAUUCAUUUAAAAUGUGUACAAAUGUGCCGAUGAUGAUCAUUCACUGUCUGCGAUGUUAAUGAUGACCGUGUAACAUUGUGUAUGUAUAUGUAACGUUAAUAAUACACAUGUGAAAUGUGGUGUCAGUAAUGCAGUAGCCAUGGUUACAGACUUUAUCUCAACCUCGCUACACUCUGAUUUUCAGUGUAAUUACUUUGCCCAAAAAUAGACAAAAUACUCAAUCAAUCAACUUAAAGCGGUCAAAUUGUUAUCGUGAGUCCGUUUGUCUGAUGUUGUGCCAGACCUUACCCACAAUGCAACAUGCCGGUCGACAGGUGUGCUAUAAUGCGAAAUAGCGAAAGGUUUGCUUCCUUCCGGUCUUUUUCUUUUAAGUGAGGAAUGAUGAUGGAAUUCACAACUCUGAAGAGUUUCCAAAUUGAACUCAAAUUAGUGAAAACGAAUGGCAUUUAAAUCCAGAUUUAAACUAAUUAAACUUUAUUUGACACAAAUGCGGCAAAAGGUUCCAGACCUUUGCUGAGGUCAAAGCCCCCUUCUGUGACUCUGUUCUUCAUGGUGUUACCUGAAUGGCUGCUGAUGUGACUGGGCCAUUGACGGACAGGUAUGAUUGUUUGCUAUGACUAGAAAAAAUUGCUGUACUAUAUAUUUUUGUACCGAUGACGAUCCUCUUCUUUGGUUUCUGGUGUGGAUUUAAAGGCCAGAGGGGAAAGUGAGCGAUGUCUUGUAAAUAGUUGGAUCCACGAGCUGAAGUCUCUUUGAUCAUGUGACUCUCUGCCACUUUGUCUGUUCUCAACACUGUCUGUUGUGUGUGUAUGAAUUGUUGUACAUAAGAAAUCCUGAAGGUACAUGUGUCAUGUCAAGUCAACCUUGUCAGUGUAAUAAAGCUUUACUCUCCUUU